AAAAUAAAACCGGAAGUUCCUGCGCCUAUGACAACAAUUUGACGCCAAAUUUUCAAUUAACAGGAUUUUAUUGUUAAUUUUAACGAUGAUCCUUCCAGAUGAACCGCAGAUUCAAGAAAUACCUAAGAUAAUUCAGCCCAGAAACCACAAGGCAAAAGUCAGUGUUUGGGCUGACUUGACUGUGGAUGACUUGGACAGAAUCAAUGAGUCCCUCAAUGCUGACCACAUUAAAAUGGUGUUGGCAGAUGUAUUCCACCUGGAUGACCACAAGACCAGCCUGAAAACAGGGAUCAUUAUGGACUUGUACUAUUACACACUGCAGUUUGCCAGGGACAAUAAAUUCUCCAAAGAGCAAACAUCUGCUUUCUUCUCCAUUGUCAAAAAAACACAUGAAGUUUGUAUUGAGACCCCGUUCGGCAAUCUAGAUCAGACCUUCUCCUACUUUAAAGAAAUGGUCCUGUGUCAUGCAGUGAAUCGUCCUCCCCACAGCAUUGAGCUUUUCUCGGCUGACCAGGUUCGGCUUGUGACAGAGUACACGGUCAACACAUACUUCCGUCACUUCAAGAUGUACAAGUACGCCUUCACUCCACUUGUAAGACUUGACCUCUCCAUCAAUUAUGUCGGGAUGCCACCUACUCCACCACCCACAGAAGAUUUGAAAGGUGGACAUGUAGAGGAUGGAUGUGUGGGACAGGGUGGUCUGUCACUGGAGCAGGGAGACAGCCAGUUGCGGUUCUCUCCCGUGGUCCUGGAUAGCACGCCCCGCCCACACUCUGCGGUUGACCUCUGGGAUGUUGCUGAUGAGGGUGAGGCAGCCGGGGAGGAGAUACCUGUUGAAACUGAGCCUGAACCUGAGCCACCUGCGCAGUCUCCACAACCAGAUGAGUCUGAGGCCAGAAAGGAGUUACGAGGCAUGAUACAGACCUUCCUUGCUGAGGAAAUCAAGAAGAUGAAGACUUCUGUUGACGACCAGCUGCGAUCAACAGAGGAAGUGUUGAAUAAAAAACUGGAUGUGGCUGAGGGGGGUGGAGGCAAGAAAAGUGGAAGGAACUCUGCCAAAGGAGGGAAGAAAAAGUGAUGAAAAAAAGAAACUACACUUUUUUGUAGUCUGUGAUAACGCUUUUGUUGUAAGAUAGUUUUGUUUCAAAAUUGAACAGUUACUUUUACAAAUAGGUUUUGUUUUGCUUUAUAUUGUUAAUUACAAUCAAAUGUUUGUCUAGACAACAUUGUAUUUGAAUUAUGGAAGAUACCAAAGUGACAUAAAAGAGUUGAACACUCAUAAUGAAUUGUUGUCAAUAA